CCCUCCCAUGUAAGUUUUAAGUUUUGACACCAAAGAGGCCAGAGAGCCUGCCUGGCUCAUAUGGCCUCAUUAUUCAAACUCACAUGCCUGAGGCAAACAUUGAAUAUUUGGUCCAAACUUGUUAACCCAAAACAACACUGCUCUAUCUCCUCACAGGACCAAAAGCUCCUUUAUUUAUUGAAAUCUUGCAAGCAAACCUCAGAAAACUCUCAAGUCCAUGGCUUUAUGGUCAAGACUGGACUUGACCAAGUCCCUUUCACUCUCAGCAAGCUUCUUGAUUCUUCCACUCAAGACAUGGAAUAUGCUGCCUCAAUUUUCAAAUAUGUACAAAACCCAAAUUUGUUCAUGUUCAAUACCAUGCUUAGAGGCUAUUCCAUUAGUGAUGACCCAGUACAAGCUUUUGGUGUUUUCAAUCAUUUGAUGGGUCAAAGUAUUGGGCUUGACGAGUUCUCUUUUGCUAGUAUGCUUAAAGCUUGUGCUCGUGUAUUGGGCAUUGUGAGUGGGCAAGGGAUUCAUGGGGUGGUUUUGAGGUCUGGGCAUGGGCUAUUUACCAAUGUAAAGAAUACACUUUUGCAUUUGUAUUGUGUUUGCGGGAGAAUUGGUGAUGCCCGUAAGUUGUUUGAUGAGUUUCCUCAAAUAAAUGAUUUGGUUUCAUGGAACAGUUUGAUGGUUGGCUAUGUUCAAGUAUCUCAGCCUAAUAUGGUAUUAUAUUUGUAUUGGAAAAUGUGUAGGAGUGGUUUGAGAGCCAGUAUUACCACAGUUUUGAGUGUUCUGUCUGCUACUGGUGAUUGUGGAAAUUUACUUGGAGGGAAGUCUCUUCAUGGUCAUUGCAUUAAAGUUGGGUUUUGUUCUGAUUUAAAUGUGGUUACCUCUAUGAUUGAUAUGUAUGCAAAAGCUGGGAAUGUUGAAUUAGGGCGUAGGGUUUUUGAUGAAGUUGCUGAAAAGGAUGUUGUUUUAUGGAAUUGUCUAAUAGAUAAGUAUGCAAGAAAUGGCAUGGUUGAAAAUGCAGUAGCUCUAUUACGUCAAAUGAAACUUCAACGAGUGACGCCCAAUUCAUCUACAUUAGCUGGAUUGCUUUCGGCUUGUGCUGCCUCUGGAGCCGUCAAUGUAGGCCGAUGCAUCAAUGAUUAUGUGGAAGAAGAAAAAAUGGUGUUGGAUAUGGUUCUUGGGACAGCUCUAGUUGAUAUGUAUGCUAAAUGUGGGUUCUUAGAGAAGGCUAUAGAAAUUUUUGAUAGGAUGGUGAGCAAAGAUGUGAAAUCUUGGACAGCCAUGAUCUCAGGUUACGGGGUUCAUGGGCAGGCGAGAAAUGCCAUUAUGCUAUUUUACAGGAUGGAAGAGGAGGGGUUUAGACCUAAUGAAAUCACUUUCUUGGCAAUUUUAAGUGCUUGUAGUCAUGGGGGCCUCGUGACAGAGGGCAUGAGAUGUUUUGAGAGAAUGGUUUGUGAGUAUGGCCUUUCACCAAAGGUUGAGCACUACGGAUGUUUGAUUGAUCUUUUAGGUCGUGCUGGGUUGCUGGAGGAAGCACAUAAAUUAAUCCAGAGCUUGCCCAUUAAGGGGGAUGCUACUGCAUGGCGCUCAUUGCUUGCAGCUUGCAGAGUCUAUGGAAAUGUUGUAUUGGGGGAAUGUGUGAAGAGGGUGUUAGUCAAAAUAUUUGAUGAACAUCCCACAGAUUCGAUCCUUCUCUCUAGCACUUAUGCCAUUGCUGGAAGGCUGCCAGAAGAAAGAAGAAUGCAGGAAAUGAAGGAAGAUAGCAUAAUGAAAGAAGUGAAAUGUCAUUCGGUUGGGACGGAGAAAGAAAAGUUGAUAAAGGAAGCUGGAUGUAGCAUAAUUGAGAUGGAUUCUCAGUGGUGUGAACCUAGUUGGGAAAACGAGCAACUGAGUGAUUGACUGUUAUUCAUUGCCUGGAUAACUGACCCAAUAAGAGGUGCAAUCUAUUUUCUAUUCAGGUCCUUGCAAACUCAAAGUUCUCUCAGACUGCUGACUCUGUCCUAAGAUUGUGGUAGAAAUCAAGGGAUGACAAAGGAUUUGAAUAUUCGAUUCUUGAUAGCGAUUAAAAGAAAUCAAGGAAUAGAAAUAUUUCAUGCUUCUAUUCAGCUUACUUUGUCUGACCUUUUCCUAUAACCAUAGCUUUAUGUUGAAUUCUACUCCAAAACUGCUUUUAGAUUAUGUAGGUGUAAUAAAAAUGGAGGGAUUAAUAAAUAAAUUAGGUUCAGUUACACUA